GAUAACCCCCUGACCCCGAUUUGACGUUCCUACACAAAUUUUCGACAUGAAACGUUACAAGUAACACGUAACAUCUUUGUUCCUUAAAACCAGAGUUCUCAAGACGCAGUGAAGCAAGUAGAAGACAACUUCAAGAUCUAUCAGACAUGGCAGAAGCGUCGGCAGCGUCUACAACUACCGAGGUAGAGGUGGAAGGAGAAAGACAUGAAGACCAGGUCAGACUAAGACUGAAGAAACCACACACUGAUAAGAAGGUGAAGUGGGAAGAAGGCACAGUGGACAACGAGCAUAUGGAUAAGAAGAAAUCCAAGUGUUGCUGUAUCUACCACAAACCCCGCAAGUUUGGUGAGAGUUCGUCAGAAAGUGAAGGUGAUGAUGAUGAUUGUCUGUUCCACCACCACGGCCACCGCAGCAGGAGAAAACACCAUCAUCAUCAUCACGAUCAGGAGAACAAGGAUCCCGCAGAUGGAUCAGAACCAGGGCCUUCCGGUGUGGAACCAAGCUAAAACACAUGUAGAUUGUGCAGAAGUCAAGUAAACUCCUAUAUUCUGUACUAAAGAUUGUGAUUCAACCAGCAGUAAAAGUUUGGUACAGUGUACAUGUAUUUAUUAUGAGGUACACAUUGUGAAUAGAAGUUGAUUGGAUUGCAAGAUUUUGUGAUGCUCAAAUGAACUUGUAUGUAAUGUUGAAAAGAACGUAUAUAUCUAAGUGACAGUCACAUGCUAAGUGUUGAUGCAUCAUUGACACACAAGACAAAGAAUGAUAAAAAUAGUAUAGUUUUAUUAAGUUGCAUCUCCUGUAUUUGUAUCUUUUUUGUGUCAAAUUUUCUUGUUAAGCCUCAUCAUAUCCAACAAAAAUAGACUAUACAUGUCAUUUGGCCAUUACACUAUGGUGGAAGACUGUGUGUGGAUUACCGGUAUGUAGAAGGCCCACUUUAGGAGAUUUUAUGUACAAGGCCCAUUGCAUAAGUUCAUAAUAAACCUGUUUUAUCUCUCUG